AUGUCAUUUACGGUGACGAACCGGAGUUUAAUCCGAUUUGAGAGCGCCAAGGAGGAGGAUGAAUGGAAGCGGACAUUAAUGUUUUUCAAUGUCGAUAUUUCGGGGGGAGUGUGCUGCGACCACCGAAACGAGAUUACCGCGCCAAGGACCUCGGACUGCAAUGGAAAGCGACGAACUCCCGGCGGAGGAUUGAGCAAUCCAAUUACGGAGAGUGCGAUGUCAUUUGGGGCACCAAAUAAAUUCUAUGCUCACGGACACGGUGAUUUUGAUCAUGGGAAUUAUAAGCGACGGACUCCUGGCCGGCGGAGAGAUAACUCUGCCUAUUCCGACAGUCCUCGUCACUUUCAUUAUAGAAUGAUUAAACCAGGACGUGGUCGUGUCGAAACAGGCUUAGUUUCUCCAUCCCCAUCGGUCGAUUCUGUGGACUAUUUCGGCAAUAUCAGGAGCUGUAACUACAAUCCAGACUUUGAAACUGAAAGGGAGUACGAACAUUAUUAUCCAGAUGAAGCAUAUAAGGCAGAGAAAUACGAUUACGAAAAAAGAAAUUCCGAAUCCAGAUAUGAAAGUCCUUGUGAUUACAAUUCGAAUGCUCGGAGUUCAACACGGAGACACUGUGAAGUACCUCGCACACUUCAUGAAAGAUAUUAUCUUUACGAUAAAGAGCCCACAGAGGAAGAUUACAAUCGAGCUUAUAGAGAAACUCUUUCACGUGAUUUACGAACGAUUACUGAUCGACCGAAAAGAAAUGGCGAGUAUAGACAAACUUCGGGAUAUAUGCCACCGGAAUAUGCUUCAAAUUAUCAUACCCAUAACUACAAGGAACAUGAAAAGGAUAAUGAUUAUGAGGAAUCCUAUGACCUAGAACCAAACUACGAGGAGCAUUACGACGAUCAGUCUGAUGAAAACUACCAAAAACAGUAUGAAGAAUUACUCGAUUACGAUCAACGAGAGUAUAAUGAACCCAUCCGCAGGUCACUUCAUCCAACCCAAUUUUCAAAACCCCAACAAAAGUAUUACAAAGUCAAGUCUUCUUCAAAUAAGGACAUUACCGACCCUUCGAACUACCCUACAAAAAUAUACAAAGCUGAAAGAGAGUAUAAAUUCAAAGAUUAUAAGAAACCUGAAGAUCGCCAAUCAAGAUAUAAAAGACGUAAACGAUAUUACCAGCCAGAGGAAAUGCCACAUAGAAAAAGUUGCAAUCAUUUUAAAGAGACUAGAGAGGCUCCCAUAAAAUACGACAGAAUAUCAAAAGAUAUUUUACGCCUAGCUCCGCCAAAAAAAUAUCAGCAAAACACCAAAAAAUAUAAAUUUAAUGAAGAAGUUUCGGAAAGAAAUAACCACAAUAAGAUCGAUCACGAUAUGCAAAGAUUGGAAGGAAACUUUAGGACAGUACCUCCUCGAUAUUUUGAUAAGUCAUACAGAGAAUAUGAUAAUCACAAAACUAGGAGACAUCGAAAAUCCAUGGCGGAUCGAAAAAAGUCUGUUGAGUUUGUUCGUUUAACAGACUGUAACGACGGCACCGAAAUUCCGCAUAGAAUUCGUGAAAGCAGCCAAACCCCAUCGUCACUAUUUUUCACCAUUGAGAUACCCUAUAAAAAGAAGGAACGGAAGUAUAACUAUCCCCAAAAAAGUGAAUAUGUCCCAAAAAGAUCGGAUUCAGGUUGUGAAACUUUUGCACGAAUUUUUAACUCUGCUCCUAAGACAUUUAAACCGCGAACAUCCCUUUAUGAUAUUGUCAAGGAUCGGAAACGAAAAACCAUGAAGCAAAAAAUAUCGGGAUUCUUGAAAAAAUCUAGAAUAUGUUUGACGCGAUCAAAUAUUUUUGGAAGCAAAUCCAAAGUACUAAGAAACUAUAAGCCAGUACAACGUCGCCUAAACUGUGCUCACAUAGAUUGUGGAAAUAAUAAAAGCCCCGAUUAUAUUAUAAGCUCACCAAAAACAAGUAACCACUCCUUGGAGUCUCAAAAUAAGAGAGUUCCUAUUCCCAGCCCGUCUUUAGGAAAUGCAUCCCAAAGAUACUGUGCAAGGAGGGGAAAGGGAUGUCAUUAUCCCACUGUUUACAGGGGAAAAGGCAAGCAGCUCGCUGAAAAUGAUGAUGAGAUCUACCAUGAGUACUCCAUGUACAAUGUUUUGAGUACAACCAACCACAGAUCGAAGGUAAAUAAUGACCACUGCGAUAAAGGAUUAAGUAAACGAAAUAGUCAAUAUUUCAGACCCAAUGCUGAUCUGCGUACGAAGAGUUCGAAGAAAGUAUACAAUCGCGUAUCCAGCGGAAAUUGCAGUCUUUAUAGUGGGGAUGAAGGUGAAGAUUCCAUCGAAACAAGUGAAAUAAAUGUCUGCCUUACAAUCCGGGCCACAGAUGUGAGUUUGACUGGCAGUCCGAGGAUUGUAUCAUCCAAGGUCGUGAGAGACCAUGGGUUAUCCUGUAACAACCACAUCAGCAAUACCAUAGACCUUCCAAGACCUCCAAACCUUUCGGUAUCGAGGCAAUUUAGUGGUACCACAAUAUGUGGCAGCGAUUCGAGCGCUAGUCAGGAAAACCGAUUCAAAAAUGUUCGGUUUUCUCCGCCGCCCUCUGUUCACAGCAGUGGUUCCUCUACGACAAACAGUUCCAAAAGCAGUUCCUCAAGAACUGAAAGACCUAAGGAGUUUAGCAAUAGGAAGAGCAUUGAAGCGUGCUCAAAACCACCAACUCUUAUCAGCGGUAGAUCUUCGCAAAAACUUUUUCCCCGGCAACGAAUCAGCACCAAUUGGAGCCUGACGCGUCAUUCGAAGACUUGUAACUCUCCACACGAAUUCAGCAACAGCUGGACCCCCGAUAGGUUAGAAAACAAUUGUUCAAGACCUUCCCGACCUGGUUUGUGCCAGUCAAAUACUAUCGAAAAGUGUUCCAAACCACCUACUCUCUUUCAGAGUGAUAUAAACAAAAGGUCAAGCUUGAAAGGUGUAAAUAACAACCUCGAAAGAACAGCACCAAAAAAGGUAAUCUUGAAAACAAAUAGCUCGAAUAGUUUGGUAAGUGGUUCGGUAAGCGGUUCCGGCAGUAGUAUUAAAUCGCUUUGCUCAUGCGGAAAACGGGAAUCUCAUAAUUUCCCCAAAAGUGAAUGCCACAGAUGCCAGAGUCACAAUUUUCAAUUUGAUGAAGAUAGAAAAAUUAAAGUCAGCCCGAGAAGAACUAAAAGUUGGCCAAGCCAAAGUCCCCGAAGCUUUCCAGCAGCUCCGAUCCAAAAAUCUUUUCCGAAGCCCGAAUCUGCUCUCAAAGUCCCGUCUAAAAGUUCCGAAUCGACAAUAAGUAAACGCAGUUCCAGUAGUUUCAGGAAUAAUAUCCAAGUCCCAACCAACAUGCAGCUGGUUCGCUAUCCUGAUCCCAUUCCAACAAGCUCAGGUGAACCUCAGAGUGAAUAUGCCACCAGUUUCACAGCUAUGCCAAGUCAGGAUUUAACAGAAUCCAGUGUUCGCGGGGAUCUAUGUUGCCCCAAGUUGAUAGAAGACUGGGAUAAAGAGUCCCUUUGCCGGAGAAGCAUUGUGGAGGAAUUGAAACGGGAGUUGUUGCAGAGCUUCAAAACCGAUCAGCAAAUGGAGACUCAGGCGCCUUUUCUUCAACCCACUCCGCACAUUAUGAUAUUUCCCUGUGUUCCCGAUGCCAUGAUCCAGUCUAAUCCAAACCUAAAUCCAACUUUAUUCCGUAGACCCGAAUCUGUAGUCUGCUGGACACCUUGCUCUAAGCCACAGAAUCCUUUCUUAAGUUCAAGUAGCUUUGCUUAAAAUAUAGUUUCUGACUGGACUGUGUCUUAGAGCUAAUAUACAGCAUAUCUACAGAAAGUUUAAGGAC